ACCCCCAUCUCCCUGGCCUUCUGCGACCCCGAACCCGACCCGCGAAUUUUCACCUGUCUGCCCCCUUCUUCCCCCCGAUCGCUCCUUUCUUAUGGCUCCCCGUCGACACAACAUCGGUGCUAGCCGCCGCCGGAGAAGAGACGAGGGCGAAGAUGAGGGCUCGCUGGAUGGAGAACUUGAGGAAGACUCCCUGAGCGAAGGAUCCGUCAUCAGUCACCAAGACGACGAGGAUGCAGAUGGAGAAGGCAGUGAUGACAGCGGCGAUGAGCACUCUGUCUCCCAGGCAGCAGACCACCAUUUGCGGGCGCCGCAACCCAACGGCCGUAUGCCCGCAGUACCCCAGAAACCCGGACGACGCCAUUCCGCCUCGCCUGGGAAACGCCACACGGCCACCGCGAUGUCAGACACGGAGGCUAUGAUGAACGGGAUGAAGCUGUCCGACGAAGCGACCGAGGUGGCCGAAAUCCAUUUCGAUGAUAUGAAGGGAGAGCUUGGCUCGCAGACGGGGAGGACACCGUCGGCGCCUCCGACAGAACCGAAACGAGAGUCUAUUGCGGAAAAGAAGCGCCGGGAUCAUGAGCAGUAUGCGAAGGAAAAGGACGAGAACCCGGCUUUUGUGCCCACCCGGGGUAGCUUCUUCCUCCACGAUAAACGUUCCACCGAAACCGUCACGAACGGGUACAAGGCUUUCACCAAGCCGAAGUCGCGGCCAUACGGUCUCAUUGUGGAUGGCAAUGUACGCAAAAACCAGAUCAAACCGGAUGCUAGUGAAGGACAGUGGACACACGAUCUGCAUGAUACCGUUGCUGGAGAUGAACCAGCGGCCCCGAACCCCCCAUCGGUGCCUACAACUCUCUCGCAUUACCCUCCCAAGCCUGUUCCCACAGCUCCUAGAUCGUUGCCGCCCAACAGGUCCUUCUCGAGCACCACGUUGAUCGGGAAUGUGCCUGUUGUGGUCUUCUUGCCGGGCAUGGCGCAACCCAUCUCAUACUCUGCGGUUUCCAAAAAGCAACACACUCGUUUACCCCAUCAUCGACCUCCUCUACGUCGCGAUAAACCUGUCCGAAUCUCGCUCCCAGGGCAACCUGCACGAUACAUCUUCCCCGCGACAGAUCGAUCCUUCAUAUUCAUACCGCGAGCGCUUCGGCCUAACCAGCAAGCGUUUCGUGGGCGUCGGGGCGGAUUCUUCGGGGGCGGACGACGGCCCAGUAUCUAUGCAAGUUCGACUUACACCCCCAGUGUCAGUAUCAGCAGACGGUCGUCGUUUGGCAAGCCGCCAUCCCAAGAAGGAUACCAUUCCCCGGCCGGCUCGGUCAUCUCGAGGCAAACCAUUGUCGGCGCGGAUAAUGGCAAACCCAUCGUCCGCCUCCCUCCUUCUAGACCCCCUGUAGGGGUACCACCCGCACCGACUGGCCCUCCGUCAGCGGUGCCGCUUCUCCCUCCGCAACCUCAGCCCCCCAUGUAUCGGGAGAGCCGUCCGGCGCUCAUACACAUCCAUCAGCCCCGCCCCCAGAAAACGGUGUCGGUUGCGGAUAUUGAAACCCCGGCCAGCUUCCCCUUCAACCCCCCACAGCCGCAACAGGAGCAGCCGUUCCACCACCAGGUCCCGAUGCCUGGCAGCGGGCCUAUCUAUGCCCCGGACGCUCCUGGCCACCCGUCGGCGACGCCGCUGUCCCACAUUCCCGAGCGUGCGAUCCAUGCUCAACCGUUCCAGCCAUACGGAUUCCAACAGCCGCAGACAUUCUAUCCUCCUUCCUAUCCCCCCACUGCUGUAUACUAUCCUGUCUCGACGUCGGACUAUCCCCAGUACAAUGGCGCGGUAGGACCUGGCACAUCGGUGGCCCCGUUCCCUCCUGGGCAGCAAGCCCCGUAUAUGAUGCCCGGUGCGCAUACCUCGGCUGAGCAAGCGUCCCAGCAGAACACCGUUGCACACGAAGCGGGGGGCACGGUGUAUUUCUACGAUAGCACCCAGAUGUAUCAGAACUCCUCCUAUGGAGUGCCGAAUGCCCCCGGGCCCGGAGGGGUCGUGGGCAUGGGCGGCAUGAUCACCCCCCCUGGCACAACAUACUACUAUGGGCCCCCGCAAGCCGGGGUCUACUACGCCACUCAGUGAAACGAGCAUUAUGGAUAAUACGUCGCCUUUUCUCGCCUGCGUCUUUCCAUUUCCCGUGAAUUUUGAAAACCUCCGAUUCUUCUGUCAUGUUCAUUUUGAUAAUCUGCCUCCUUCUUUCCCCAGCUCUUGUGCCUUAGCUUUUUCCAACCUGCCUGUGUUUUCUUAUAUUUUAUUUCCCUCUUCCUCUUGAUCCCUUCUCUGUUCUUCUUCUUCUUCUUCUUCUUUUUUUCCCCAUCUUUGUUCUUUUUUGACUCCUGCAGUCCCCCUACUUCGUCCAUUUUUCUCCCAUAUUCUGCUGUUUGCGU